AUGGUUGAUGUAUGUGACAGCAGUGAUUGUGAAAAUGGGACCUGUGUGCCAGACCAGUCAAGUAGUCGAGGUUACACGUGCAACUGUGCUGCUGGUUUUGUCGGGGAAAAUUGUGACGUUGAUGUUUGUGACAGCAGUGAUUGUGAAAAUGGAACCUGUGAAGUAGACCAGUCCAUUAGUCGAGGUUACACGUGCAACUGUACCGUUGGUUUUGUCGGGGAAAACUGUGACGUUGAUGUAUGUGACAGCAAUGAUUGUAGAAAUGGAACCUGUGUGCCAGACCAGUCCAGAAGUCGAGGUUACACAUGCAACUGUACCGCUGGUAUUGUCGGAGAAAAUUGUGACGUCGGUGUAUGUGACAGCAAUAAUUGUACGAAUGGAACCUGUGUACCAGAUCAGUCCAGUAGUCGAGGAUACGCGUGCAACUGUUCCGCUGGUUUUGUCGGGGAAAAUUGUGACGUUGAUGUUUGUGACAGCAGUGAUUGUGAAAAUGGAACCUGUGAAGUAGACCAGUCCAUUAGUCGAGGUUACACGUGCAACUGUACCGCUGGUUUUGUCGGGGAGAAUUGUGACGUUGAUUUAUGUGACAGCAAUGACUGUCAAAAUGGAACCUGUGUACAAGACCAGUCCAGUAGUCGAGGUUACACGUGCAACUGUACCGCUGGUUUUGUCGGGGAAAAUUGUGACGUUGAUGUAUGUGGCAGCAAUGAUUGUAGAAAUGGAACCUGUGUGCCAGACCAGUCCAUUAGUCGAGGUUACACAUGCAACUGUACCGCUGGUUUUGUCGGAGAAAAUUGUGACGUCGGUGCAUGUGACAGCAAUAAUUGUACGAAUGGAACCUGUGUACCAGAUCAGUCCAGUAGUCGAGGAUACACGUGCAACUGUACUGCUGGUUUUGUCGGGGAAAAUUGUGACGGUGAACUAGCUAGUUCUUUCAUUGAUGUAUGUGACGGCAAUGUCUGUCAAAAUGGAACCUGUGAAGUAGAUCAGUCCAGUAAUCGAGGUUACACGUGCAACUGUACCAAUCCUUAUAUCGGGGAAAAUUGUGAUGGUCUCCCUCUGGAUUGUAAGGACCAUUCUAAAAAUGCUCAAAAUAAUUCUGGUGUUUACGAAAUUUAUCCCUCUGGGAGCCUUUCCAGUCCUCUUCGUGUUCUCUGUGAUAUGGAGACAAUGGGUGGAGGAUGGACGGUAAUACAACGACGUUUUGAUGGAUCUGUGAGUUUUGACAAACUAUGGGAGGAAUAUAAGGCUGGCUUUGGGUCACUGGGACAAGAUUUCUGGAUCGGUGACGCAAUGUUGAACUGGCCUUUGGCACCGGCUGUAUUGGCUGGAAUGUUCUUUUCUACACCAGACAGAGACAAUGACAGAGCUUCCUCACGUAGAUGUGCCGCGAAAGCAAGAGGAGGGUGGUGGUUUAACGCUUGUUACUCGGUCUUCCUCAAUGGACCCUGGGCUUCGUCAGAUUGGACACCAGUUUGGGCUCCCUUAGUAUCAUCUGGGUCAGAUGUCAGACAGAUAAGGAUGAUGGUUAAACGUAUCUAG